GUCCCGCUCUCUUCUUUACCGCAGAAAACCCCCCAAAAGAAGAGAGAGUGCACAAAAAGACCAGACACUAAAUCCAACCCGGCCCGAGCCCAUUUCACCCCAUCAGCUUUAAGCCAUGGCUUUGCUAGUAGAGAAAACUACCUCCGGUAGGGAGUACAAAGUCAAGGACAUGUCCCAAGCCGACUUCGGCCGGCUCGAAAUCGAGCUAGCCGAGGUCGAAAUGCCCGGGCUCAUGUCUUGUCGGGCUGAGUUCGGGCCCAGCCAGCCCUUCAAGGGUGCCAAGAUCACCGGCAGCUUGCACAUGACCAUCCAAACCGCCGUCUUGAUCGAAACCCUAACGGCAUUGGGCGCCGAGGUCAGAUGGUGCUCCUGCAACAUCUUCUCCACCCAGGACCACGCUGCUGCCGCCAUUGCCCGCGACAGCGCCGCCGUUUUUGCCUGGAAAGGCGAGACCCUCCAGGAAUACUGGUGGUGCACGGAGCGGGCCCUUGAUUGGGGUCCCGGCGGUGGCCCGGAUCUCAUUGUCGAUGAUGGUGGUGAUGCCACAUUGUUGAUUCAUGAGGGAGUGAAGGCGGAGGAAGAGUACAAGAAGUCCGGGAAGUUGCCCGAUCCAGCCUCCACUGAUAACGCUGAGUUCCAGAUUGUCUUGACUAUUAUUCGAGAUGGGUUGAAGACCGAUCCCACGAAAUAUGCCAAAAUGAAGGAGAGACUAGUUGGAGUGUCUGAAGAGACCACCACUGGUGUUAAGAGGCUUUACCAAAUGCAGGCUAAUGGGACUCUUCUGUUCCCUGCCAUUAAUGUGAACGACUCUGUUACCAAGAGCAAGUUUGAUAACUUGUAUGGAUGCCGCCACUCACUCCCUGAUGGGUUGAUGAGAGCCACUGAUGUGAUGAUUGCUGGAAAGGUUGGAGUUGUUUGCGGUUACGGAGAUGUUGGAAAGGGCUGUGCUGCUGCCUUGAAGCAAGCUGGUGCUCGUGUUAUCGUGACUGAGAUUGAUCCAAUUUGUGCUCUUCAGGCCCUCAUGGAAGGCUUCCAAGUUUUGACCCUGGAAGAUGUUGUCUCCGAAGCUGAUAUUUUUGUCACCACCACCGGCAACAAAGACAUCAUCAUGGUUAGCCACAUGAAGAAGAUGAAGAACAACGCUAUUGUUUGCAACAUUGGCCACUUUGACAAUGAAAUUGACAUGCUUGGUCUUGAGACAUACCCAGGUGUUAAGAGGAUCACAAUUAAGCCCCAAACAGACCGAUGGGUCUUCCCUGAAACAAAAUCAGGCAUCAUUGUCUUGGCUGAGGGUCGUCUCAUGAACUUGGGUUGUGCCACAGGGCACCCUAGCUUUGUGAUGUCCUGCUCUUUCACUAACCAAGUGAUUGCCCAGCUUGAGCUCUGGAAAGAGAAGAGUACCGGAAAGUACGAGAAGAAGGUCUAUGUCUUGCCCAAGCAUCUUGAUGAGAAGGUUGCUGCACUCCAUCUUGGUAAGCUUGGUGCUAAGCUCACUAAGCUCUCCAAGGAUCAGGCUGACUAUAUUAGCGUGCCCGUUGAGGGUCCUUACAAGCCUCCUCACUAUAGGUACUGAGGGAGAGAUGUCAACACUUUGCAACGAUCUUGUUUAACAGCAUGGAUUUUUUUCUGUUACAUUGCGGGUUUACAAUAGGAAUUUAGUUUUUUUUUUUUUCUGAUUUUUGGAGGUGUUGUUGGGAGUGUUGAAAUGAUCGGAAGAAAGAAAUAUGGUCUCUGACCAAGAAAUGUUGAAUAAGGGCAUUGUAUGGGGGUGUGGAAUGAUCAUAAUUUUAGCUGCUCCAGCUUAGGUCGAUUGCUUUUUUCUUCUUGUUUGCACGAGAAAACAAAAGAAAAAGAAUUUUGUUGGUUUCUCUAGUAAAAGUCUUUUACAUAAUGGCAUCAAUGUUUUACCAAGGCUGUUUGGGUUGGUGAAUGUUUUGAAUUGAUUUCUUUGGCAGCA